AUUUUACCUACUGAAAGAUUUGCAACAAUGUUCAACUGUCAACCAAAGAAAAAUCAAAUCGCUCCUGAAAAAGUUGAGGGAGAUAAGAGCAGACAGCGCUCCAAUGGGAGAGUCACAGUCGCAGAAGCGCCUGCUGCCAAGACCUCUGCGGAGAACUGCGACGGGAGGUGGUACAGACUGUUCGGUCGACCCCUGAGCAAAGUUAAAAGUCUGUCAAUGUCUGUGAAGAGGGCCAUCUUCUCAGGUGGUCCAGCAACCACCACAGCACCUCCACCUGAGGAGGACAACCAGAGGACAAAGAAGAAGACAUCUUGCUGGGGACUCUUUAACUGCUGCAGGAGAAGACAUCGUGUGGCUCCAGUAACUGACGAUGAAGCUGAGCAGAAACAUAACAGCAGUUCUGUUAUAAUCCAGAAUGACCAAGUGGUGGAGUUUAAAGGGCUCAGCGAUGAAGAGAAGGCUGCACUAGACAAAGCCAACAAAGAGAACAGGAACGCAGCUGCCACAGUGUACGCUGUUUUUAUCUCCUUACUCAAAGCCUUAGUAGAUAAGGUGAUUUGCCUGAGAUGGGGUGCCUUCAAUCCACUGCGCCUCAAGGUUCAUCAGGCCCCCAGGCUUGGGUUUCCCAACAAAUCAGCGACCUGCUAUAUGAACUCCAGCCUCCAGAGCCUAAUCACACUUAGAGAGUUUGUCACUGAUAUCUACAGCCUCGAUACGGAUUUGUGGAAUUAUAUUUAUGAGGAGACUGCGCUGAUAAGAUGUUUUGUAAAGAUUGUAAGAGGUCACGUCUCCAAAGAUUGUCGAUACAAACUCUGGGCCCUCAAUAUGUUCAAGAAUGCCCUCUCUGUCCAGGCUCCUGAAUUUGUAGACGACUACCCCAAAGAUGCCCAUGAGUUUUUAACAGCGUUCCUAGAUCAGAUGAGAAGUCUGGCUUCACCGUUGCAAAAGGCUGCAGCCCUCAUGGGGAGAAGCUAUAGCUGCCCUGUGGACAGAAACCUGGUGUUCAGAAUGCAAAACAUCAGGACAUGCAAAAGGUGUGGUGCUCAAUCCAUCACAGAGGAGGAGUUCACCAACAUCUCUGUGGAUCUGGUUCCUGGAGGUUCAGUACAGCAGCUGCUCAAGGAAUACCAGAUGGAGACAGAGUUGGAAUAUAAUUGUGAGUGUGGCUGCAGCACAUCAGUCAGGCACUCCACCUUUCUAACCCUGCCCAGAUACCUGAUUAUACACCUGAAGAGGUUCAAGUUCAGUCCGUUGCUAGAGGUGGAGAAGCUACAUGACCCCAUAGUCCUUCAGCCCUUCAGGGAGCUGAUGGCGACUACCAGCCAGGCUGAUGGCUGGUACAAACUGAUUAGUGUCAUCAGCCAUUUAGGCUAUGACUGGAGCAGUGGACACUACAUCAGCCAGUGCGUGCACCCGGGGCAGGAUGUCGCAGAUGACCAAUGGCUCUGCUAUAAUGAUGCCAAGGUUGCCAAGACAACUGGUGCUGCCGUUUGUAAGCAGGCUCAACAAACAGCCUACAUCGUUUUCUACCAAAGAUCGAUGUAGCUGGCAAUGGUGGGACCUACUGAUGACGUACUCCCUGGAUCAAAUUAACAAAGACAGCACUUAAAUAAACACUUGAACUGUCAG